AUGGCUCUGUUCGACGCUUGGAUCAGCACGUCGAACGUUCCUAUCCUCGGGAAUCAACAAACCCGCAAGUAUUUUUGGGAUAAGGUCACCGACGUAUACAACGCAAAAAAGCCGAGGGGGGCCUUCAGCCGCAACCUGAAUAUGCUUCACCCUCAUUUUGAGCGAGCCGACAGAGAUGUCAAAAUAUUUUGUGGGAUCUACAAGAGGGAAGCGGAGCAAUACCAAAGCGGAGCCAAUGGAUCCGACAUUCUGAUAGCGGCUUUGCAAGUUUUUAAAUCCGACACCGGCAAGGAUUUCAAAUUUCCCGAUGUUUGGGAGAUGGUCAAACAUCUUGAUAGCCCUAGUGGAGAGUCGUCAUCUUCAAGGAUGGAUGCUCAUUUGGUAGAUGAUUCUGAUGAAGAUUUUGUGCCUCCACCUCCACCUAGAUCUGAAGUUCGAGGUCGUCAUUCUGUCAGCCACACUGGUGGUACAGGUGAAGAUAUUGGUCCCGUGAUGUCUACCAUUCUCCACCUCAGUCUUCUAUGCGAGAUGAUAUUUUCGGGGUGGAUUUAG